AUGGAAGACCAUAAUGAAAAUCUUUCAAUCGAAUCGAUAAAAUUGGCUUUCGAUGAUCUAAAGAUAACUGAUGAUUUACACAUAUCAAGCGAAAAAGUUCAAAUCCAAAACAAUUCGGAAGAAAACUCUGAUGAACAAAAUUUAUGCUUGAAUAAAAAUAAAACAUUUGAUCAAACACAAAUGUUGACAGUAGAGAAUGAUAUUAAUACGGUUCUCAGUAACUCUCAAACAACAAAUCCUCGGAUUGUAGAAACUACUACUGAAACACAAAAUUUCUCAAGCACCAAUAUCAUCAACGAUAUUAAGAUAAAACUCAGUCCUAUUGUGGAUUACGCCAAAGAGCCUCUUUUACCACUCUCUCAAGCAUGUGCUCCGCUAAGUUGCAUUCUUUACAAUUUAUCAUUCUAUGUUCAAUUAGCAUUACUGAAAACUCCCGAACACCCACGCAAUGGACUUACAGUUGAUGAGAGUGCUGCAAUUCGUCUAUACACAAUGGAAUGGAAAAAGCCACAUCGAAGUCUUUAUUCCAUGCUCAAUUUCAAUCUGAAAAAAGUCGAUCGUAUUAAUCUUAUACCGUAUCACAAAUAUUUAAAAUUAUUUUUAACAGCUCUUGUAAAAUUACCACCUGAACCUCCAAUGACUAUUUGGCGAGGAGUACCAAAAAAUUUAAGUGUCGAUUUUUCAUGUGGUACUCAAGUAACAUGGUGGGCGUUUUCAUCAUGUACUACUAAAAUGACUGUACUUAAGAACAAUAUGUAUUUGGGCAAUACUGGUCAUAGAACAUUGUUUUCUGUAGAAACUAUUAAUGCUCGAGCAAUACGUACUCAUUCACAAUUCAAUACUGAAGAUGAAGUUCUUCUUCUACCUGGUACUCAUAUGUUAGUUCAAUCACAACUCAAUCCUGCACCUGAUCUUUAUAUUAUUCAUUUAAAACAGAUAGUACCAGAUGAAGUACUACUAGAACCUCCAUUUGAAGGCGCAAUUCUUUAUCCAAAAAUUCUGCGUCCAUGGUAUCGCACAAAGAGAUUUAUUAUUCUAAUCAGCUUUUUCAUCGUUCUUAUCAUCGGAGGAAUCAUGCCUGGUUCUGUUUUGAAAACAAAAUCUAAUCACAAAACAGCAGUCGCUUCAUGCAAUAAUCCAUUUUUACAACCAGUUCUCUAUAAGACCGGAAAUUCUCCGAGAUCUGCAACACUUGGAUACUUCAGAAAUCCUACGAAAUUAGAUGUGGUAGUAACCGGACACGAAGAUAAAUUCAUCAGUUUGAUUCGUGGCAAUGGCGACGGAGUUCUUGAAACUACAGGAACCAAUAUAGUUGGAGAAAAACCAUCGUCCGCUACAUCAGGUGAUUUUAAUGAUGAUGGCAAAAUGGAUCUUGCAGUAGCUAACUCUGGUGAUAAUACUAUUACGAUACUGUUUGGAAAUUCAGAUGGUACUUUCGAGAAUUCAACGAAUUAUAUGACAGGUAAAAUGCCAAUAUCACUGAUUUCAAGUGAUCUUAAUAAUGAUAAAAAACUGGAUCUAAUCGUGGCUAAUUAUCGCGAUAACACUCUCAAUAUAUUUCUUGGUGAUAAAAAUGGAAUGUUUCAAGUCUCAAUUAAUUAUACAGUUGGUAAAAUGCCAUUAUCAAUAACUUCGGCAGAUUUUAAUAAUGAUGGCAAAAUGGAUCUUGCAGUCGCGAACUCUGGUGAUAAUACUAUUACUGUACUUUUCGGUAACGGAAACGGGUCGUUCACAAAUUCAAUGAACUACAUGACUGGUAAAAUGCCAAUCUCACUAAUUUCAGGAGAUUUUAAUAAUGACUUCAGAUUAGAUCUUGCUGUCGUUAACUAUCGUGAUAAUAUGAUCAGUAUAUUUCUUAAUAAUAAAAAUGGACGGUUUCAAACUCCAAUCAACUAUACGGUUGGUAAUGGUCCUUCCAGUAUUGCGUCAGGCGAUUUUAACAGUGAUGGCGAGCUGGAUCUUGCAGUUUCGAACCAAAACGAAAAUUUUAUCAGCAUGUUUCUUAGCAAUGGAAGUGAAACGUUUCAAAUCUCAGUCAACUAUACAGUACGUCAAAACUUGCGUUGUAUAACUUCAGGUGAUUUUAACAAUGAUAAUAAAUUGGAUCUAGUAGUAAUCUAUUAUAACGACAAUACCAUCAAUGUGUUAGAUGGUGAUGGGAAUGGAAUGUUUGAAAAUUCAAUAAACUUUACAAUUGAUCGCAAGGCGUAUUUCGUCAUAUCUGAUGAUUUUAAUAAUGAUAAAAAGCUGGAUCUGAUUAUGGUCAAUGAUGAAGACAAGUCCAUCAGUAUACUACUUGUUGUUGAAAAUACAACAACAUUUGAAAUUCCGAUGAAAUAUAGACUUGAUAAUGAGGGAGUCGCUAUGACAUCAGAUAAUUUCAAUAAUGAUAAUAAAAUGGAUCUUGCAGUGAUUACUGAUGAUAACAUCAUUAGUAUACUACUUGCCAACGAGAAUGGAGGAUUUGACAACGUAAACAACUAUAACUUCGAUACAAUGCUUUACUCAAUAAUUUCAAAUGAUUUUAAUAAUGAUAACAAAAUAGAUCUUGCAAUAACCAAGUUUCAUAACAGUACUGUGAGUAUCCUUCUUGGCAUUGAAAAUGGUGCUUUUGAGAUUCCAAUGAAUUUUAUAGUUGGUCGGGGGCCAACCAGCAUGAUUUCAGAUGAUUUCAAUCAUGAUACGAAACUAGAUCUAAUAGUGAUCAACGUAGGCAGCAAUACUGUAAGUGUGCUACUUGGUGAUGAAAGUGACAUAUUUCGUACUCAAAUAAAUUAUACAGUUGGUACAUUUCCAAUUUCAAUUACGUCGGGCGAUUUUAAUAAUGAUAAUGAGCUGGAUGUAGUAGUGGUCAGUAGCGACGAUCAGACCGUUAGUAUACUGUAUGGAAUUGGAAAUGGAGCAUUUUACACUUCAGUGAGUUUUAUAAUUAGCAAGGGACCCUACUCAAUAACCUCCGCUGAUUUUAACAAUGAUCAAAACCUGGAUCUAGUAAUUACGUACAGACAAGCCAAAUGUGUCAGUGUUCUGCUUGGGUAUGGAAAUGGGCUCUUUCGAACUCCAAUUCUAUAUAAAACUGGCGCUCCUCCAGUUCUGAUUUUAUCAGGAGAUCUCAACAAUGAUAAAAGACCAGAUUUAAUUGUAACCAGUACGGGCGCUGAAGGUUUAGAGGCACUAAUGACAAUUAUUCAUUAA